AUGGAAUCUGGCCUCGUCCAUCCGCAUCCAGCAUCGCCACAUGGAGGAGUGAGGUCAAGGAGUGACCAAUGCAACACUGGACACCAGGGUUACUCCUACAACCGAUAUCCCGAGGAGACCGACCCAUAUGGCGGCCAGCCUUCGACGGCGCAUCCUCAAGCGUCCUAUCAAGGCACUCUGAAACGCCCAUUUUCACAGUGCGACGCAGGACAGAGCGCAGAUACUUCGCAAGAUGACGGCUCAAGAACUUCCGUGAACCAGGACAACAAAUUGCUGUCAUUCCGGCGCGCGCAGGACAAGUUGACAAUCACCGACCAGCGAGGACAUUUGCAGCAACUCGACCUAUCAGCCCAGCUCCAUGGCAUGUUCUUCUUGUCCGAAAUGCCUUCCAACGCAGCCGACGGUCCCACGAUGCAGCCCGAACUGACCUGCUACCGACGAAACCUAUUCCAGAUCAGCGGAAACCUCGUGACACCAAGAGGACCCCUGAACGUGAUCACCGAGUCGGGGGAGAGUGUUCUGGUCAGCAGUAUGGAGGUUACCAUCUCCGCCAUAGAAUCUGUGGACAACCACUCUGUGCGGCUCAUCGUAAUCCCAUGGAAGACUCCGCCGCCUAAUUCUCCAGAGAUCGCACAGGGACCGGAUCAAGAACCUCCGGCGCUGCCGCUCAUACCAUUCCAGGAGGAGGGGGCCGAGGCGGAUGGCGAGUUGGCGGUAUAUCCGAUCGGCUGGCGACGCCUACAAUUCCGAAUAGCCACUGCAAACAAUGGUCGCCGAAAGGAGUUACAGCAGCAUUUCACACUCCACCUCAAGGUGCACGCAACCCUCGCAAACAACACAAAGGUGGUCCUGACAGAGUCUACGACGGCCCCUAUCGUAGUCAGGGGGCGAAGUCCCCGAAACUUCCAGGCGAGGAAGGAGAUCCCGUUACUUGGCUCCAGCGCGGGCUCGCGCGGUCAAGCGUUGGUCGAGACGGGCAUGGGCGUCGUGGCCGGGAGUAUGACCAUGAAGCCGCAAGAACCCAAGCCCCGUGAGCGGAUGGAUAUGCAGGUGCCCCGGACGGCCUUUACAUUCACGACGCCGAAGCCGCCGUCAGCGCAAAUCAGCACUGUUCGAUCACAGUAUGUCACUGACCACUCGUAUGCUGCCGUCACCACUAACGAGUUUUCCAGCACCUACCCGAGCUGGACGUCACCUACCAACAACUCCUUGCGCGGUAUCACCAGCACUGGCGCAAACUCGUACUCGGCGCCGGCGAUAGGAGCUGAAAUGUACUCGAAAGUCUCAUUGGCCGGGGGUAGCAACUUUGGCGGCGAAGGGCAAGAUCUGCCGAUACCUACAACUCUACCGGCUUCCGUUCCUCUGUCGCUCAUAUCCGAAGAGCCAGGCAGCAUGCACCGCUUCGUCGACGACGGUCGACCGUCUAAGGCAUUACGACUCGGCAGUGGACCAUCAACCGCGAGUGGGGGGUCGGUAGCGGGCACGGCGACCUCACCAGACUACCGUUACGGCUCUUUUGCGUCCGCGACCAGUGGAUCGGGAGACGUGAUGGCUCCGACAUAUGGCACGGACGGUUCGGUCGGCGGAGCAGCUGCGCAGAGAGACGCGUAUUCUGGACAGCAAGGGUGGAGGCAUCCCUCUGACGCCAACGCGGUGCCAUACGGCGGCAGUGAUGCCCGGUCGUACGGGUCAUCCUCCUAUGAUCAAUACAAGCCCAGGUCCGGCGAGAUACAGCCCAAGUCCGAGCCUGGGCAGGGCAGUCACCUCGACGCCUACAGCCACAGAGGCUCCUUCGAUGGCACAGGCAACUAUUCGUGGGGCAACAAUUGA